AUGCCGGCCAAAUUUUCUUGGUCUUGGAAAUCCGCGAGGCUCUAUCGGCGGAACCGAGGCAGCAGGUCGCCGGACAAGGCAGCCUACUUUGCCGGCGAACGAUUCGAGUGCACGAUCGAAUUCAGGGCAGCACAAACCACCGCCAACCGAGCCAGACUAUCGGCAGCCUCCAUCUCACCAUCACCAUCCACACAUCCACCAUCAACCCCAGCCGAGUCGGACUACUACCUCCCGCCAAGAAACUCACUCCUGCCCAAGAGACAGGGACUCAUCGGAUCAGCAAUCCAACAACAGACCUACCAUCACCGAGCGGAAUCCGCAGGAAGCGCCUUCCCCAACCCAUCCUUUAGCUUCUCCAUCCAAGAGCCGCUCAGCCCAAACCACUCCUCUCGUCCGAGCCCCAACCUACCCGCGUCGCCGAAGACGGGCGGACCGGGCCCAGCGGAUGGGAUUGGGUCCGCAGAGCACGAGCCCGGAGGGCGCGGAAGCUACAACCAUCUGAGCCAGCUCGCCACACGCAAGACAUCCACGCCGACUCCCGGGACGGUGUAUCCGUCGGCGACGGGCGACCAGACGUUCAACCCGCGGCGCGCCUCGCUGUUUGCCUUGGGCGCCAGUGCGCCCGCCCAUCGGACCGGGUUCUCACGGACGACAGCAUCGACACCAACGCGGCCCGAGCGAUCUUCGACGGCGUUACUGGGAUGGACCUACUGCCAACUCGAAGGCUAUUUCGAGAUCUCCCCCAAACACUUCGACCUCGCCCAGUUCGACGCCCUCCACCAUCCCCAGACGCGCGGCGGAGGAACACUCCUCGACGACCACCAUCACCUCUCACACUCCCGUCGCAACUCCGCCUCCUGGAUCGGCUGGCUCUUCGGCGCCGCCCCUAACCCCAACCACUACCCCGGCUCCCCCUCCUCCUCAGCAUCAUCAACACCCCCGAAUCGGUUCCCAGUAUUCAAGAACCCUAUCAGUCUUUUGGACGUCGAUGUCCGGCUCGAACCCGGCCAAACUCGCUCCUACUCGUUUGCGAUCGACCUUCCGGUCGUCUUGCCGCCGACCCACCGGGGCAAGCUGAUCAAGUUCAACUACGAGCUCAUCGUCGGCACCAAUCUCCUGUCAUCGGCAGACGCUUCGUCGCCGACGAGCGAGUUCGGGAACGGGUACCGCGCUGGCCGCGGCUCCACCCCCGCCCUCUCCGCCGACCCGGCCAGGACCCGCUUCUCGACGCCCUCGGCCUUCAAUCUGCGCCCCCAAGAGCACAAAAACCAGACGUUCAGGGUGCCCAUCCGAGUCUUCAAUCACGUCUACCUGAACGAAACAAAGCCCUUCUACGACCUCUUCCAGCCGAUCAUCGUGGCGCGAGACAUGGCUCAGACCCGCCGCAUCCUCGUGCCGACGACGACGGCGGGGGAGGGCCACUCCGGGAAGUCCCCGUCAAAGGCCACGAAGAAGACGGACCAGUCAGCGGCCGUCGGCGACAAUACUUUGGGCGGGCUGGCCGGACUGGAAAGUUACGCCUUGGAGCUUCUCAACGGCGCGGCGGCGACGGGGCGGGGGAAUGACGGCAUCAAUCCUCCCCUACCCGCUCCAGAUGGAAACCCUCCUGCUCCGGCGCGUCAGGAAGACGAAUGGGGCGAGGAGUUGGACGAGGGAUGCAUUGCGGCAGUCGAGAUCGUCUCCCGCUCGGCGCCCAAAGUGUCGUUUGAUAUCAACAAGGACGGACGCUUAGUGGCCCAUCUGACGCUAGUGAAGUCGACCUACCGCCAGGGGGAGACGAUCGAAGGGACGAUCGAGAUGAACGGGAGCACUCCCGCGCGGGAGGGGGGGCGGGUGGUGCGAUGGGGGAUCAGUCUGGAGACGCUCGAGAGUCUUCUGCCUCCCUCCACAGCUGAGGGGGCGGACGGGAAACGGCGGACGGUGCGUAAGGUGUAUGCGGAGAGCGAGGAGAUGGUGAUCGAUUGUAGACGGGCACGGUUCGCGCUCGUCGUCCCCCGCGACCCUGCACCCGCAUUUACCACCUCCCUCGUCUCGCUGGUCUGGACCAUCAAGCUGCGCUUCCUCUUCGUCCCUUGUCCGCCGCCCUUCAUCGGCACCCAUCUCGUGCCCCUAGACGCCGCACAGGGCACGUUCAUGGCCGCCCCUCAUCUCGGCUUCCUCGCCUCCCACCCGCCCCCAUCCUCGCUUCCGCCCCCCGUCCCCAUCGCCCCUCCGCCCGGCCGGCCUGCGCCCUCCGUCUCCGUCUCCGUCGCGCCCUCGCCUCCGCCCCUCCGCCCACUCCCCUCCACUAAUGAUAACCCUCUCCACCACUCUGACGCCCCCUUCCCCCGCCGGACAAAAGAGAUGCUCUCGGAGCUCUUCCAGUGCGACCUCCCCAUCACCAUCCUGCCCUCCACCACCCCCUUCCUACCCCCCGUCCACCACUUCGCUCUCUAA